UUCAUUCAUAGUCUCUCUCCCUACUAGAUAUAUAAUUGUGGAUAGCUUUUCUUCCUCACAUCGUUCUCCCCGUCUAUCUUUGUUUAUCUCUUUCUCUCUCACACACAAACAAACAGACACAAAUCCAUGGAACAGAGCAAAUCACCUCAUGUAGUCCUGUUACCAACACCAGGGAUGGGUCAUCUCAUCCCACUUGUCGAACUCGCCAAACGACUGGUCCAUCUCCAUGAUUUCUCCGCCACCUUCAUAAUUCCCGGCGACGCCCCGAUCUCCAAAGCCCAGCAAGUUUUCCUUGAAGAUCUUCCAAAUGGAGUCAAUUAUCAUCUUCUACCUCUAGCUAACACCGACGAUUUACCCCCAGAUGCUAAAAUUGAGACCCGAAUGUGCGUCAUGCUUAACCGGUCCUUACCGUUCAUACGUGAAUCCCUCAAAUCUCUACUUUCAGAGAAUCAGGUUGUAGCUUAUGUUGCUGAUUUAUUCGGAUUUGAAUCUUUGGAAGUCGCAAAGGAAUUGGGUAUUUCUCCAUACAUGUUUUUUCCUUCCACCGCUAUGCUUCUCUCUCUUAUUCUUUAUUUACCGGAGUUGGACAAGAAAGUCACCUGCGAAUACAGGGAGAUGACCGAACCGGUUCUAAUCCCGGGUUGUAUUCCUCUUCAUGGAAGGGAUCUCUUGGACCCGGUUCAGGACAGGAAGAACGAUGCUUAUAGGCAUCUUCUUUCAGCCGAGAAGAAGUAUAAAUUGGCUGAAGGAAUCAUGGUGAAUACCUUCAACGAUCUGGAAUCUACCGUUAUAAAGACCUUACAAUCAAAUGAGGAGACUCCUGCAAUUUACCCUGUUGGACCGCUGGUGAGGAUGGAGAUCGGUUCAGUUAAAGAUCUUGAAGGGUCAGAGUGUUUGGACUGGUUAGACACACAACCGCCCGGUUCGGUUCUUUUCGUGUCGUUCGGUAGCGGUGGGACUCACACCCAUGCUCAGAUGACCGAGUUGGCUCACGGGUUGGAACUGAGCGAGCAACGGUUCAUAUGGGUCGCGAGAAGUCCUAGCAACGGAGUGGCGGAUGCGAAUUAUUUCAGUGUUCAUAGCCAGAACGAUCCAUUAGCCUUUUUGCCCGAAGGGUUCGUGGAUAGGGUUAAGGGUCGGGGACUAGUGUUACCGUCGUGGGCCCCGCAAGCUUUGGUACUGAGUCACGAGUCGACAGGAGGGUUCUUGACUCAUUGCGGUUGGAAUUCGACACUUGAGAGUGUGGUGAACGGUGUGCCUUUGAUCGCGUGGCCAUUGUACGCGGAACAAAGGAUGAAUGCGGUUAUGUUGACCGAGGAUCUCAAAGUGGCAUUGAGGGCGGAUGGAAACGAUGAUAAUAAGUUGAUCGGACGUGAUGAGAUUGGACGGGUGGUGAAAGCCUUGAUGCAAGGGGAAGAAGGGAAAGAAAUUCGAAACCGAAUGAAGGAUUUGAAGGAGGCCGCGGUUAGGGUUUUGAGCGAGGAUGGUUCUUCGGCGAAAAUGCUAGAGAAUGUAGCCAAGAAAUGGAAGGCGUCCAAGAUCAUUGGUUAAUCAUGAUGAUAUAAUGUAUGAACCUUUUUAAAAUAAAUAAUGAUGACAUUAUGAUAUUUGUUAUUGUAACUUUUUAGGCUAAAGAUUUAUGAUGAUGUUCUUUAUGUUCGUGUGGCCAUUUUUCUUUUUCUUUUUAUGUCUAAUGUUUUUAUGAAAAGUAUGAAUAAUGAUAAAUCAAUUAUAUCCA